CCAAACCUGGUAGUAUUCUACAAUCAGAAUCAGCUUCGCCCUCCUUAGCAAAAUGAGGGGAAUCUUCGCUAUCCGUCGUAUGGUACGUAAUGGAGUUUAUUGCGGCUCUAUCUGCUCUUCCAUUGGUGAAAUUGCAUCAGUUUCCUCUUCAAAUCCAGCAACAAUUCCAUACUCGUACUCGUGUUCCUUCUCUUCUGUGACGAAACCAUCAUGGUCAAUUCCCAUCUCCAAAUUUCAAUCGGGGCAGCAGCCUUCUAAUCGGAAUCACUGUUCCUCUCCCUCGUCGGCAGGUGGAUCUAGAGUGGUAACAGUCGAGUCAGAAGCUGAAUUUAACACCUUACUUCGCAAGAUUCAAGAUGAAUCCUUGCCAGCAGUCUUUUACUUCACUGCUGUCUGGUGUGGGCCAUGUAGGUUUGUAUCUCCUCUUAUUGGGGAGUUGAGUGAGAAAUACACUAAUGUCACCACUUAUAAGAUUGAUAUCGAUCAAGAAGGUAUGGGGGAUGCAUUGGCAAAGCUAAAUAUUUCUGCUGUGCCAACUCUCCACUUUUUUCAAGGAGGAAAGAAGGUGUCCGAAAUUGUUGGGGCCGAUGUGAAGCUCCUUAAAACCACCAUGGAGGAUCUCUACAAGUGAGCUUGUAUGCUCACUAGCCACUUUUUAUUGAAUACAUGUUAAAUGUUUAGAUUUUUAGUAUUAUCUUAAUUUAAGCAUGCAAUAUGUAUGAUCCGACUAUAUAUAAAGGGUUUUGGGUUUAUGAAAAAUACAUAUAGAGGAUUGGAAUAUGAUGUAUCUCCUUUGUGGGUGUUUGGUUUAUCAAGUGUUUUUAAAGAAA